AUGAACGAGGUUCACAGCGCAAGUGAGGCAGGAAUCACUCGCGUUCGCUUUGGUGUGAAGCGGUACGUCAAUCUGUUCCGCUGGGAAACGGUGGAGCCGCUCAUCACCAGUCUGGAGAAUAUCAGCAAGUCCGAUCAGUAUGACUACUUUCUACCAUGGCUCGGCACCGGAUUGCUCACCAGCACCGGUGGACAGUGGAAGCGACAUCGCCGCCUUCUGACGCCUGCAUUUCAUUUCAAGAUUCUCGACUCUUUUAUGCCAAUAAUGAAUGAGAACACGGCAAAACUGGUGAACAUCAUUGGGCAGCACAAGGGCGAGGCAGUGGACAUACGAGAGCUUAUUGGCAGCUGUACUCUGGACAUUAUUUGUGAAACUGCAAUGGGCGUCUCCAUUGGCGCACAAUCGGGCAACGUGGAGUACUCUGGGCCACUGGAAAUUGUUCAGAAUCUGAUCAUGACACGGACCCUCAAUCCGCUCCAUCAAAGUGACUUGGUCUACGCGUUCACUCCACAGGGCAGAAAGUACAAGGCCAAUUUGAAAAUUAUUCAUCGAUUCAUCGACCAGGUAAUUGCCAAUCGACGUGACGAGAUGGAGAGCCUUAUUAGAGAGAAGAAAGUCAACGUCCAUCAGCUGGCAAGUGAUGACUUGGGGGUGAUUACCGAAAAGAAGCGAUACGCCUUCCUCGAUUCACUCCUGGUGACGCACUUUCAAAAUAAAGCCAACUUUACGGAGAAGAACAUCAAAGAUGAGGUGAACACGUUCAUGUUUGAAGGUCAUGACACUACUGCGACAUCUUUAAUUUUCACCCUUUUACUGGUGGCCGGAGAUGAACGAGUUCAGGAUAAAAUAAACGAGGAGCUCAGUGCUGUUUUUGGCAAUGAUCACAGCCGACAUGUGACCAUCGACGACUGUCGUCAGCUUCGAUAUCUUGAUCUGGUGAUAAGAGAAUCAUUGCGUCUCUAUCCGAGUGUCCCCUUCAUCGGUCGUGAAACAACUCAGGACUUUAUGAUCAAAAAUUACCGAAUUCCGGCGGGUUGCACCUGUCUGAUAUACAUCUAUCUGAUGAAUAGGGACAAAAGAGUUUUUGAAAAGCCUGAAAAGUUUAUACCUGAGCGGUUUCUUCCAGGUGACUCCCCGGUGAACAAGCUACCCUACUCAUAUUUGCCAUUCUCAGCUGGAUCUCGCUCGUGCAUUGGACAGCGAUUUGCUAUGCUCGAAAUGAAGACCGUUUUGGCGACUGUUCUACGCCAGUACAGGCUCACUGCAGUGACCAAACGUGAUCAGGUGGACGUAGAGUUUGUAGUACUGCUCAAAACUCAUUCACCUGUUUGCAUUAGUUUUGAGAAACGCCAUCAAUAG